ACUGCUCUCUCAACUAGCCUUAACCCAGUCGGCCAUUCGAACGUUGCACGUCUCAAGAUGUCUAAGCGAGGACGUGGUGGUUCCGCGGGAGCCAAAUUCAGAAUUUCUCUUGGUUUACCUGUGGGUGCAGUUAUAAACUGUGCCGACAAUACAGGUGCCAAGAAUCUGUAUGUUAUUGCAGUCCAAGGCAUCAAAGGUAGGCUUAAUCGUUUGCCUGCUGCAGGGUCUGGUGAUAUGAUAGUUGCCACAGUGAAAAAAGGAAAACCAGAACUCAGGAAAAAGGUAAUGCCUGCGGUGGUGAUUCGGCAGAGGAAACCAUUUAGAAGGAAGGAUGGUGUUUUUAUAUAUUUUGAAGAUAAUGCUGGGGUUAUAGUUAACAACAAAGGGGAGAUGAAAGGUAGUGCUAUAACAGGUCCAGUUGCAAAGGAAUGUGCUGAUCUUUGGCCAAGGAUAGCAUCCAACGCUAGCAGCAUUGCAUAAUUUUCUUUGUAUAUUUUAAAAUAUAAACUUUUUUCC